UAAUGAUUAAAAAAGUUCCCCGACCGCUGCCCCACUGCAUACACGUAGUACGUCAAUUACGGUGUGAUAUAUGCUUUCUACUUUCGUUGAAUGCUAUUUUCUAGGAUACAAAAAUAAUUGUCUACCUUUUUAAUUGCAUACAAGUUAGCGACUGUUUUAGAAGAUUUCUUUCUUGUUUGUAUGUUAACAUUAUGUGUCGCCACAACUUCAUUCAUCCUCACAUAUUCACAUUAAUCUUUCCACCGCGGACACCAUAAAGCGUUCCACAACAAGAAAAACAAGUUAUUUGUAUAAUUCAUAAACAGAAAGAAGUGGAAAGAAUGUCGAAUAUGAUUUCACCGUCGAAUGAUACAGCCAAUUCCAAAAAUGCUUGCAAUGCUUGAAAUAGGAGACUAUUCAGCGACGAACGUGUACAUUAGGUUUACAAAGAAAAAAGAGCUUUUUUAGAAAAUUUUUCAUAUUUUUUUUUUAAACAACAAUUUUAAUCUAUUGGAACAACAACGUGAAUUAUGACACGAUAGUUAUGGAUGCAAUAAGUGGUAUAUUUUUUUUAUAGAAGCUUAGAAUUAGUAGGAAUAAUGAGACUAACUUGCACAUGAAGAUAUUAAUGAAAGUUCCUAAUCCUGUUAUAUCUACUAAUUUGACUUAUUCCUCUGAAAUCACCACAAUAUUAAAAAGGUAAAGAUUUAAAACCAAAAUGCUACUCAUGGGUUUUGAACUGAAAAGAUAUGGCUGUAAUUGUGUUUUAUUUAAAGCUACAGUAAUUAAACCAAAAUUAAGAACAAAAGUCGUCUUGUUAUUGCUUUUGUGCUUCAUUAAAACUCCUAUUUUCUAAAUGUGAAUUAUUACUCUUUACCAUUACUUUAAGUAACCACCCAGUACAAAUUUAUAGGUUAGACAAAAUUUAGAGUGACAGUUUUAAUUUGUAUUUAUUAUAUUUAACUUUUCUAAAUUUCCAGAGCAAAUAAAUUUCGACAAAAAUGGAUAUCAAAAUGAUAGGGUGUUCUCGCAGAUGCGACACGUGGUGCGUUAAAGGCCUUAUCGAUGCAGAAAAAUUGAUAAAAAUGGAAAAAUUGUACGAAAAUCUCCUCAAAUCUAACUCGAAGUCACUGCUCAGAAAGCAUUUAAAUCGCGAUUUGUACAAUUCGUUGAAAUUUAUACGAACCCAUAAAGGCAUCACUUUACUAGAAUGCAUCAAAAGUGGAUUGGAAAACUAUGACGCUCUAAUUGGUAUAAAUGCCCCAGAACCGGAUAGUUACAAAAUUUUUGCGAAUAUAUUCAACCCCAUUAUCGAGGACUAUCACAUGGGUUUUCAACCAAACGCAUUACACCCGUAUCCUCGUUGGGGCGACGUAAAUGCCAUUGAAAACAUUGAUCCAGAUGAAAAAUAUAUUAGGAGUGUUCGCAUUUCAGUUUCCCGCAACUUAUCAUACUAUCCCUUUAUUUCACAGCUGGAAAAACACGAUUUUAGACAGAUACAAAGGAUCGUUGCAAGGGCUUUUAAGGCACUACCAGAAGAGCUACGGGGCGUUUAUCGUCCCUUAAAAAUAUUGUCAGAAGAAGAAGUACAAGAAUUCCGAAAUGACCAUAUACUUUUCGAAAAUACCAAUCCAAUACUUAUGAGUGGAAAUGUUUAUAACUAUUGGCCAUCCGGCCGUGGGAUUUUUUACAAUGACAAUCUCGACUUCGUCGUUUGGGUGAACCAGAAAGACCACAUCCGGGUAAUAUCGAUUGAAGAAAACGGAAACAUCGGAGACGUGUACCGUCGACUGUACAAAGGGAUCGGUUCACUCACGAAACAGCUCAACUUUUGCAGAAACAGACGAUUGGGUUAUUUAACAUUUUGUCCCUCUCGUUUAGGAACGACACUCAAUAUUUCCGUUCAGAUUAAAGUGUGUUAUUUGCCACGCCAAAAAAACAUUUUUAAAAGCAUCGCAGAUCAGCGCAAUUUAGUUAUCAAGCGAGUACCGGGAGACCACCCCAAAGGGGUUUGUUAUUACCAGAUUUCCAAUAAGUUCAGUUUGGGCAAAACGGAAUUUCAAUUCAUGAAAGAGUUUUGCGACGGUGUUUCUGAAAUUAUCAGCGCAGAACAAGAACUACAAGAGAAAGCACUUGCAGAAGCAGCGCUAUUAGCCGAAGCAAAUAAAGAAGAAACAUCUGCUGAAGAGCAAUCUUAAUGAAAGAAAUUAUUUAUGAUAAUGACUGACAAUUGCAUAACAAAAAUGUUGUAUGAUCAUUUAAAUGGUAUUGUAAUACUGUGAUGUACCUACCUGUUCUUUUAUUAUGAUGUAAUUUUCGAUGUGCUUCUCUAGUAAAAUGUGAAAUUAUUAUGAUUAUAUGAAAAUAUAACAUUAAAUAAAUCAUAACAAC